AUGGAGGAAGCGCACCGCAAAAUCGAGCUGCAGUCCAACGAGGACCUGGCAUACCUGCUCGACAACGUGCGCCGCGCCGCGCAGGACCAACUCGACAAGGCCUUCCCCCAGAUCGAAGGGAGCAGCGCGCAGGAGGACGAGCUGAGGGCGCCCAUCGAGCGUCUCGUCAACGAGUACAUCAACAAGACAUUCACCUACGCCGCCCCGAACCUCUCCAUAAACGGCCUCGACGCCGACCCCGCCGUCUUCCUCUCCCCCAACCGCAACCCCGACGAGCCCGAGGAGGCCUACGAGCCCUGGGACGCGCGCCUGCGCCAGCGCGUCGAGGACCUCGCCCGCGAGGAGGAGGACCUCCUCAACGAGAUCGCCGCCCUGAAGAAGAGCGUGCCCGGCGGCGUCGCGGCCGCCAUCACCCAGGACUUCAAGACGUCGACCGCGGCAGACGAGGCGGCGGUCGAGGCAGCCAAGAAGGCACGCGAGGACGAGCUGAAGGCGAGGGAUGCGGAGGUGCUGCCGCUGGACGAGGUGGAGAGGCAGGGCGAGACGAAGGCGGCGUUCGGGGGCGCGGUGGAGACGCUGGGCAAGCUGAAGAAGGAUAUGCCUGCGACCGUGGCCAAGAUGGAGAGGGCGAGGGUCGCCGGCGAGUAUACCGUCACGGAAAGAUCGUAG